GUUGUUCACUGACUGUGGCGACGGAAGCAUCGUUGCUCACAUUUUUAAUCCUACGCGCGUGUGAGUGAGAGAAAAAUCGCAGAUUUCCUCCAACCCUCAUCCACCCCUUCCAACUAUGGCAUCCCACAAAAUCUCACCCCCUCUCGCAGGAGACACACAACUGUGAUCGAGACUGAUUCUAAACCAUAACUCGGACAUUCGCGAUUUAACCAUCGUCACAAAGUCUACUGCCUUUAGUCACUCACCGACUCUUCAUCAUGUCGCUUCUUCCGAAACGCUCGUACCUUCUCGGAUGAUUCUCAACAUAGUCCUUAAAUUCUUGAAUUGGCACAUACAUCCAACAGUAUAUCCUUUGGAAAAAAUUCUAAAGCUAAAAAAAUAGUAAGAUAUUUUAUUUAAGAAAAUCUAAAAGAAAGUGAUUUUUCUGCAACAUUUUUUUUUCAAAAUAUGGUGAAAACAGUGCUAUGUGUUAAAAUCAGUGCGGGAUAAAACAUACUAAAGAACAACGAAGUCAGAUUCUUAGAAGGCUAAACAAUUUUUCCAAGACAUUUUCCGCCGGUGAAUUGACUGAUAGACAUUUUUAUUUUUAGUUCAUUUGCAAUUUCUAAGAGUGGCUUUAACUGAUUCCUUUUUUUGCAAAAGAUGAUUAAAUAAAGUGAGAAGAGUGAAUUUUGAGAGGAACAAAGAAAAGAAGACAAAAGUGUGUGACCUCUGAAUUAGGACACGAAAUGAACCUGGAAUCACUACCACGUCCUGAGACGAUUCACGUCACAGCACCUGGUGCCCUCAAUAGACCACCACCGAGUUCACAGACAAUGCCCCAGAGAUCACCAUUUGCGAUCCAGGAACUUUUGGGCCUAAGCGAUUCUACGCGGCAUCAGAGUAAUGCCGUCUCCGCGGUUACCCCAUCACUCUACCCAGCCGUCGGUCAAACACCUUUCUCGGCAGAUCAUCACCAGAUGACAAUGGCAGCCUCCAGGAUGGCCUAUUUCAAUGCCCAUGCCGCCGUUGCAGCCGCCUUUCUGCCACACAACAUGGCAACUGGCGCCGCUGGACCCCUCUCGCUCCACCAUCAAUCCUCAGGAUUUUCUCAGCUGAAAACUACUUUUGGAUCAGCCACAAGUCCUUGCUUGCCCGGUGUUAGCUCAUUAGACGGAAGUAAAGAUUUUACCGUUGAUGGCAUCAAUGGCUUUGGGGGCAAGAAAAAGAAAAAGAAGCGGAGACACAGUCGGACAAUCUUUACGAGUUAUCAACUUGAUGAAUUGGAAAAAGCUUUUAAAGAAGCCCACUAUCCAGACGUCUAUGCUCGUGAAAUGCUCUCUUUGAAGACAGACCUUCCAGAGGAUAGAAUACAGGUUUGGUUCCAAAAUCGUCGGGCAAAGUGGCGUAAAACGGAAAAAUGCUGGGGACGUAGCACAAUUAUGGCCGAAUAUGGACUUUAUGGUGCAAUGGUAAGACAUUCAUUGCCUCUGCCGGAGACAAUUCUCAAAUCGGCCAAAGAAAAUGAAUGUGUCGCACCAUGGCUUCUAGGCAUGCACCGGAAGUCCUUGGAAGCGGCUGAGGCUCUGAAGAAUGAUGAAAGUGGAGCAAGUGAUCGGGAGGAUGCUGCCUCGAAGGCGAGUGAUGCUAGUGGGCCAACGCAAAAUAAUAAAACCCCGCACAUGGCAACCUCCAGUGCAACCACAGGGGUAACAACAUCAAUUGGGGAUGGGAAGUCUCACAUACAGGGUCAACAGCAUACACCGCAUACGCCCCAAUCGGGAAAUGGGAAUAUUGGUGGGGAGAAUUCAGGAAAUGGCGGGAAUGUACAACCGCCCCCGGAAGCAUCUCAACUAACCCCACCAACCCUUCCACCAGGAGCUACGAGUAUUAAUACAACUCAUCCUCAUCUAACGGCGCUAGAUCGAAAAGCUCUCGCGAUACCCGGAUACCAUCCACCCGAUACAGACCCAGAAGCCUUCAGGUGGGUUGACUUCAGAGACCCCAUUUCGCUAAUACGGAACAAUUCAAUAGCAUGUCUCAGAGCAAAAGCACAAGAGCACCAAGCAAGACUCCUCAACAGUGGCCUCCUACUCCAAGUGCGCUCUUUGGCGGGAUUGCAGAGUCCCACCAAUAGUUCUCCCCAAUCUUGUGACAGCAAUGCCAAUAAUUUGGGUCAUCACUCACCACCAGAAGGGCUCCACAUAGAACGGAAGUACCACCCACCGGCUGUUUCUCCUGCACGACCGGUCAACGAACCGCCAAGCGCGAGUAGUCCCAGUGUGUCCUUUUGACACUAGGAUUGCGACAAUUUUGGUGCGGACAGAACAUCCUCCCAUGAUCUCACUCACAAUCCCUACGAGCGGAAAUGCUAGCCACAAUACUUCUUCCCAGGAGACAUCUAAAAAUCCCAAUAAUCAUGGUCAACUUCUUUCUCUCAACAUUACCUGAAUUUCUUUAACAUUUUACGUAUAGUACUCAAUGUAACCAAAAGAAAACCAAUGAAAUCUACUUAAACGAGAAAAGUAACAGAACAACGACGUAGAAUGGAAAAGACAUCAACUAAUAGAAGACCCGGAUAUAUGAAAAUAGCACAGAAUAGUAAUCAAAAAUUAGAUUGAAUCGAUUGAGUGAAAAAGCAUCGAAUUUCUGUACAAAGAAAGAGAUUUGGAAUAAUCUGCUGAACAAGAAAAACUAAGAAAAUAAUCGGGUUAAAAAAUCUCAUUGACAAUAUUUCUGAAAAGAAUAUUAUUAAUUCAAAUGAUUGUUUUAUUUUCUUCCUUAAAAAUUAGCACCCGUCUUGUAUCUUUUAACACAGAGAAAUUGUGAAAAUAAAAGAAAUUCAUUGUGAGUCAGACAAAGUAUUAAAAAGAAAAUUGCAAAAACUAUUCCACAAUAAAAUGCAUUGUAAAUAAAAUUGUAUGAUAUGUGCAAUAAAUUCAUAAGAACUUGUGUAAUUCAUUCUCAAAGUGAAUAAUUUUAAGGCAAAGCAAAAAAAAGAACUUUUAGUGUAUUAAAGAAACCUAUUGAAAAAAAAUAAAGAAUCGAAGAUACUUCAGGUUUAAUUUCGCUGUAAAAUGUACUUUAAAAAAAAUAUUAGCCGUAACAAUGAAUAUAGAAUAGUCAAUAAGGCAAACACAAAAUAAUUACAAUGUAAUUAGUAAAUAUCUAAUCUAAAAGAAAAAGUGUAAAUUAGAAUAUAAGAAAGUCACACCUAAAAAUAUAUUGUCAAUUUUCAAUUGAAUUUAUGCUCGAAAGAAUUGAGACAGAGCCUGCAAAAAUUAUAUUAUAAAAAAUGAUUUUAUUUAUUACAUUUAUGACACAACAAAAA